UGAUUUUGAAAAGUUUCAGUGUUCAGUGGCAUCACAAUGUCAACACUUUAUUAUUAUUUACAUUUUGGAAUAAAUGUGUAAAUAUAAGAAAUUAAUUGUUAUUUAAUCAAUAUUAUCGUUCAAAUGAGAGGUACAAGACUUAAAACCUUUUAUACCAGUUCAUAACAACUUCAUCAAGCGUGGUGAAAUUUAACCUGUGAGCAGUGAGGUUAUAAUUUCAAAAGAUCUGACAAAUAUUUUGAAUUCAUAUUAAAAGAUAAUAAAAUAGAAUAAGAUUUAAAAAUGGCCGGACAACAACAUCCCUUUCCACCAGGCUUUCCUACUGCUCAACAACAAGCGAUGAGAACACAAUUUGGAGGAGGUCAAAUGGUUUCUGGAUUAAUGAAUCCACAACAAACAGGCAUGGUAAAUCCUCAACAGUUUGGCGUUGGAGUUGGUGGCGUCGGUACAAAUCCUAUUGGCAUGUCAAGUGCUCAACAAGUGAUGGCUCAACAACAAUUAGCACAGCAGACUGUGAUGCAACAACAAAUCCAGCAAAUGCAACAGCAACAACAACAGCAGCAACAAAUGCAGUUGCAACAGCAGCAACAGGCCACGCAAUUAGCUCAAAGUUCUCAGAGUACUAAUCAAGUUCAAACACCGCAAACUCCAGUACCUCCAACUCAACCAUCAACACAACAACAGCAGCAACAACAGCAACCGCAGCAACCUCAGCAACAACAGCAACAAAAUAAAGAAGUUAAUACUGUUAGUUUAUGUAAAUUUGGACAAGAAACAGUUCAGGAAAUUGUCAAUAGAACUAUAGAAUUAUUCCAAACGUUAAAAGUUCUUCAGCCGCCGAAUGGUACUACACAAGGUGCUAAUGUAGCUAACGAAAAGAAAACAAAGGUUCAGGAUCAAUUACGAAUGGUGAAAAUAUUAUUUAGACGUCUAAGAUUAAUUUAUGAAAAAUGUAACGAAAAUUGCCAACUUCAAGGUAUGGAAUAUACACAUAUAGAAAGUUUGAUACCGUUGAAAGAAGAGUGGGAUAUGAAAUCUGAUGAAAAGAAAACAUCAGAAGCUUACCGACUGGCUUGUGAAGAAAGUAAAGAGAUAAUUGAGCAAGUAAUCUCGAAAAAUCGUCAUUUAAAAGAAAUUAUAGACCAUCUGAGAAGGAUAAUUUCUGAAAUCAAUACGAUGUUACAUAUGCGAAGGUCUUAGAGAUAAAUUAAAUUUGUAAAUAAAUUUAAUUAAAUUAUUGAUAUAAGCCAUUUAAAGGAGUAAAAUAUAAUGAUAUUUCAAUUA